UAUCAGUUUCAAUACAUCAGCGUGGCGAGCCGUUUCGUGCGACAAUGUUCUGGGAGAUCGGAGUCUUCGCAGCUCUGCUGUGGUGCUACAACAGUUUUCUGGAAUCACUUUUAUUGAUUCUAUGGGGAACCAUUCGAAGUGUUGUAUUUCGGGAAAAGCUGUCCGUACGAUAUGGGCCUUGGGCUGUCGUUACCGGCGCAACGGACGGAAUUGGCAAGUGCUAUGCGGAGCAGUUAGCAAGCAAGGGGCUCAAAGUAAUGCUUAUCUCUCGCACCGAGUCCAAGCUGAUAAAGGUAGCCAAAGAAAUAUCGCAAAAGUACGGCGUCGAAACUCGAUGGAUUGCGGUGGAUUUCUCGGACGGCCCGCGCAUCUACGAUGACUUGCGCGAAAAACUGGCUUCGAUCGAAAUUGGAGUACUGGUCAAUAAUGUCGGCUUUCUGCCGGAGCUGAGCUCGUUCGUUCAGAACACCGAAUCGGAUCUGUUGACCUUGAUCAAUUUGAACAUACUGGCAACGACGAUGCUGACGCGGCUGGUGCUACCGGCAAUGAAGAGUCGCCGCAGGGGCAUCGUAGUCAAUAUCGCUUCCAGCUCGGGCUACACUCCCAUUCCGUACAUGACGGCCUACAGUGCGUCGAAGUCGUUCGUGAUUAGCUUCAGUUUGGCACUGAAUCAUGAACUGCGGGGUAGCGGGGUCGAGUGCCAAGUGGUUUCCCCAUCGGUAGUGCGGACAAACUUGUCUCAACAUUACAAUGAUGCCGUUCCGUGGUACGUGCUCGUGUUGGCGCCGGAACAGGUGGCGAAAUUUGGCGUAUUUACCAUUGGGAAAACGACGCACACCUGCGGUCAUUGGCUGCACUGCUUACAGAUAAUUUGGUGGUCAUUCGUUCCGAUGAGUGUGGCUUUGCGGAUUGGUGGUCGUUUGUUUGUAAAAGAUACAAAUAAAAAGUAAUAGUUCUCGAAUAUCAA